GAGAAUUAGACCCAACGGACAGCAUCUGAACGAGCCGCAAAGCAAACUUUACUGCCAAUCUUUGGACUUUUACUCCUAGUGUUGGAUUUCCAUCUAACUUUGUGGCUCCUGGCAGCUUUUUGAAGACCUUUUUAUUCUUAUUUGGGGACUUUUCACCUCUGUUUUCAAUGACACUGGCAAUGCUAAAUCCACAGGUGAAAAGCUCCCUGAGCGGGAGCAGAUUUUUAGAUGCGGGCCCGACGGAGGAGCAGGAACCUCCACCUCCGCUCCGCAGUUAUCUCUGUUUGACGAUUUUUACGUGCUUUUGCCCGGCGUACCCCGUCAACAUCGUGGCUCUGGUCUUCUCCAUCAUGUCUAGAAACAGUUACUAUCAAGGGGACUUCGACGGGUCCAGGCGGUUGGGGAAGAACGCUCUCUAUGUGGCUCUUGCGUCGAUCGUCAUCGGCCUCCUCAUCAUCGCCACCACCUGUAUCAUUCAUUUUACCACCAUGGAUUUCUAGUGCCGUGGGAGUGAAGAACGGAUGAAGAACAGGAAAACAGAGACUUGAGCAGAAACCUCUGGAUGGUGACGGCUGUUGGCUCGAACAUCUGCCAGUGGAAGGAAUUUGGCUCGACUCAUGUUUACUUCAGCCUGUUCAUGAUUUCCUUUAUUUUCUAUGGACACUUUUAAUAAUUUCAUUAACAAUUUACACGAAAAAGGCAGCUCUGAACAGCUGUGUAUGGAUCUUAUGGCUUCCACAGCAAAUCCUGGUACUGGAAAUCACUGCAGCGGUGGAAUGUGGAAGAUGUUAACCUGACGGUGACCUGUCCUGGUCAAUAUAACAAUGGGAACAAAGGGAAGUCAGGUGUUAAACAGUUCAAACCCACAAGGCCACUAAACAGUGCACCUUAAGAAACACAGAAGAUUCAUUCUCACUCAAAUUAUUGUGCAACAUAAUUUAUUUGCUGUGUUGUAAAAACUCUCGACGCAGGUUUGAAUCUGGAAGAAAAAAAGAAAAAACUAAAUUCUGACAUUACAGUAUUUAAGUUUUAUGUAACUUUCGUUUAACCUUAUCAAAGCUCUGGUUACAGCUGUGGUUUAUGUACGUUAUUCCUACGUGUGUUGGUUCAUUAGAAGAUCAUGGUAUAAGUCAUCUAUGUGGUUUAGGAAAUCCAGCAUCACGACCCCCACUAGAGGUCAUGUGAUGAGAAAUGUUUUGCCAGGGUUUGUUGUUGUUGUUGGCUGUUAGUUUUGCCAGAUUUAGCAUAUAUUCAGAAUGUGGAGGAAUUAAAAUAACAAUAUAAUUGCUUUUUUUUGAAAUAUCUAUUAUAUUCAUGACAAACAAGUCACUGUUCUGUAAUAAAGCUUUUUGGAGGUUUGUCUGGAAACAUUGGAAUUGUGUGCCAUGGUAAAUUAGGCUCAAUUUAGGUCUAAAUCCAUUCAUAAUCUAUAAAUAAUCCCUUGCUGUAUAUUCAGCUUGUGC